CGCGGAUCGGGGAAUACACAGUGCAGGAGACCAUGACCGCACACACACACACACACGGAGAGAGAGUAUAAAAGGAGCAUCCUUCCCACUGAGCGGACAAGUGCUCUCCUAACGCUCCCUUGAACGAACCAAAUAUCAUUCUCAAGAUGUCUACAGGGCUGAGUGUGUGUUUGGUUCUGGCGGUCCUUUGUACAAGCUCAUUGGGGCUCCCCUUCUCCUCCCAUCUCGGGGACGAGGACCACCGUUCCCCCUCCGCAGAAGCCCACCUGGAAUCCCACACUUUGGGGGAGCCCCAUCUCCGACACAGCCGCUCUGCACCCCAGCUCCAAGGGCUCUCCCCAUCCCAAGAGGAUGUAGAGUCGCGGGCCAACCUCAGCGAGCUGCUGGCCAGACUCAUCUCCUCUAGGAAAGCAGGUUCUGUUCGUCGGAACUCGUCGGUCAACAGCAGAGGCGGCGGCCUGAGCAAUGCCGGUCACCGGAUAGCAGACAGGGACUACACGGGCUGGAUGGACUUCGGACGGCGCAGCGCAGAGGAGUACGAGUACUCCUCGUAGAUUUGAAUCACUCCACUAGUGUCCAUUCAAACACAAUAAAAGUCUAAUGAGGUUGUACAUUUGUUUGUAAUGCACUGUUAAAUGCAAUAUACAUAUGCCAAACUUUUGCCUCUCUGUCACCCAUUUCAUUGUGUCAAAAGAGGGAAUGUGGUGUCAGGGUACAUUGAGACUUCGCAAACUGAAUAAGCGUUCAGGAAAACAUGAUCGCUGUUCUCUCACUCUGGUCGAGGCAGAUGGCAAACUGUUUUUGUCAUCCUAAUUUAUAAUUGUUAUGUGGGCUUCUGUUGAGACCUUUGAUCACACAACUGUAAUUUGGUGUAUUAUAAGUAAUAACUGCAAAUCAUCCAAAUAAAAAAAUAAAA